AUGACUUCAGCUUCGGCCAACAGUACCACCAUGCACUCAUUAUUCUCCGAGAAUGUCCGCUUCAUAUUUCAUGAGCAAUCUCCAGAACACGUUGGAUCUUGUGUUGCAUGUGGGAAGGAUGUCCAAGGGUUCAGGUACCACUACUCUCCGCCUAAGAAGAAUGCAUUCCUAGAGCUUUUUCUUCCGAGCAAACAACUUGUCCUGCAUCCUUGUUGUUUCAGGCUCCCAAGUAACAGAACUAAUCAGGGGUUGAAUGCAAGUAAUGAAGGGGUGGUGAAUCUAGAGCUAAAGGAAAAGGCUGCAUCGAAGUGCCUAAUUUGCCAAAGAAAUAAAAUCUCAAAAAAGAUUGAGGGUUGGGCCUAUGUCUCCACUUAUGGCAAAUACUGUUACCAUGUGAGAUGUGUGAAAGACUUGGUAGACAAGAAGUUGAAGCAACAAAGUGAUGGAACAAAUACAAUUAGUACCUUACGAUUGGAAGUACGGCAAAAGGCCUUACAGACGGAAUAUGCCAAGUUAAUUUGGAGAAGAAAAAAAUGUGCCAGCUGGAAGCCUCAAUCUGGCUCUUUUGAUCAGACCAUCAUUAUAUUCUCUUAUACAAACUUGAUUAAGUACUUCGGCAAUAUCUUGGGUACUCUUCGGUUGUUGACCUUUGUCUUGUCCCUUAGAAGUUGCUGUCAAUCUUAA